UUGCAAGAAACCUUCAUUUUAGCUCAGUCUGCCGAAGAACACGUACUACCAACUCUAAAUUGAGAUUACAUUUUUGUUAGUUUUUAUUGUUUUGUUUCGUUGGAUAUCAACAAAAUGGGAAAGAAAAAGGUGAAACCAAAUGCUUUUUCCGUAUUCAUGCGUGAAGUUCUUGAACGUGAAUCACGUAAUGGACGUAAAUAUCCAAAGGAAGAAUGGGCGAGUGUGGCAAAACCCUUGUACGAUAAACUCUCAGCGAGUGAAAAAGAGAGGUACAAGCAAAUGGCCAAACAAUUGCCAAGCCGUGUCGUACACCAAGCACCAAAGUUCACAUCACAAGGAAUUCCACUCGAACAAGUUGAGCGAGAGCAACGAGCACUGGAGGAAAAAAAACGGUUCAUGGAACGGUCGAUUAAAACGCAAUGUGAAAAUGCCUUCUUAGAUAACGUCAUAAAAAAGAAAGAGUUUUUCUUCAUCAUGGGCAAUUACUUUUACAAAACGAUGAGUGCACCAUUCCUUUAUGCACCGGCCGAAAUAGCAGUUUCAAAAUUCACUUUUGAGGAUGGUAUUACACAAAAAUACCAAACGGCCAUAAACCCAGGAACGGUUGCCAUGGGUUAUGCUUUCGAAGCACAAGAACGAUCACAAAAAAUUCAUCGAUUACCUACACCACCUGAUGCUCUAGGUGAAAAAAAUUAUGAGAAUGUGUACAAGUCCAUUCUUGAUGUUUUGGGUGUUCAAAUUGGUGAAACAUUCGAUUUGAACGACAAUCGACGCCCUUCUGUUUACAUUCGCAAACAAGACAUGGAAAUGAUGGAGUCGAUCCUCGACCAAUUGUCCGAAAACCAAUGGCAAAACACAUUCAAUUUGUUCGAACUAGAAUUGCUAUUUCACGAGCUCAAAAAUAAAGUGACUGAUGUACGAGUUCCGAUAUCAGUUACGAAUUCUUUCAUCGAACAAGAUAAAUACGAUGCCUUAGCAAACAUCUCCUGCGACCACCAUGAAAAAGAGGACGCAACUCGACACUGCGCUUUAAGCUGUGUUCAGCGAUGGUUCUAUUUGUUUGCUGAUCAUAUUUGCGAGAAAAUUGAUGUUCGAUUGGUUCCUGGCACGCAUCUACCGAUUAAUGCUCGCUUGACACCAGUCCAAGGUUUUGAGGAUGAUUUAUUUAAUCAACCACAAACAUCAAAUCGUGACGACGAUCAUCGAUCGGUUAUGUCUUCUUCAUACACGGGCUACUCCCGCCACACAGACUCCGACUCGAGCUCAGAUGAUUAUUGAAAAUCUCGUUCUUCAUUGAACACAUUAAUUGUAUAAAAAAUGUUUUUAUCAACUAACUAGUUAAAAAAAACGAUAUUUAGGUCCAUAUUAUAAGUACAAAAGAACAACCAAAUUUAGGAACCAAAAUGCUCAAGUUUUGUCAAAAAGAAAUUUUUUUAUUUCCAAGUCAAUCGAUACAAAGAAAUGUAAAUUCAUGUGAG